AUGCCCAGGCCUCUUGUAGCAGCCGAUACCAUCGAUUCCAUUAUGAGGCUGGAGCACGAGGAGACGCGGCUGCGACUCUUAGAGCUGGCGAAGCUGUCCUCAGAUUCAAAGAAACUGACGCCCAUUGACGAGGUAAUUUCCACUCUACAGGCAAUUGCGCCUGAUGAGCUUGCAUCUAAGACAUCUAUGCAGACACUUUCUGAAAUCCUUAGUAGCAUUUAUGCCACCCCCAAUCAAGAUAUUGCAGAGAUGAUAGUCCAACACGGAGCCAGCCCAAAAAGUGAGCCGACAAAAGUGAGCACCCAGCUACGCAGAAAGAAUACAAGCAGAGCUGCCGAACUGCAACAUUCCCUUGCGGCACACUCUGCAUACUUGCAGUCGCAGCAGCAUGAAGCCAGAAAGCCCAUAUCUCCUGAGCAGACGGAAAAGAAGGUCAAGCAUCUUAAAAAUACAGUAGCUAACGAGAACAAAGACACUACGGAGAACCAAGGCAAGGUGAGAAGGAGAAGCCGCAUUAAGCUGGAAUUAAAGGACGGUGCCACUGCUCCAUCUGUCGAGCCCUCAAUAAAGCGCAAGCAUGUCCCCAAGAAGCAGGCCAGGCUCGAGACUCUGCAGUCCGUUUCUCAUCUCGCUGUCCUCUUCAAUGUUCUCACGAAGGAGGAUGCUACAGCAGUGCCGCACGUAUACAUGCCGAAUCUCUGGUUAGGAUGCCUACAGAGUAUCUCUUAUGAGUCGUUUUUGUCCUUAGAAAAGCUUUUGAGCCGUAGCGAGUUCCUUUCAGUAUUUGGUCUAGUUCUAGAAGCACAGUCUGCUGAUAGCCAGAUCCCUGCCUCUCUUGUAACCAAGCGUACAUCGUCUGUGCUGCCACCUGAACAGCCAAAGAACGAUAUUGACAUGCGAGCGAGUCUGGCGUCACUCCUAUCGACAUCAUCAGAGUAUCGCGCAACUGGCAUGGUUUGCCCACUUUCUGGAAAGUCACGGACAACUGGGCAGUCAGCAGUGUCACUGCCCACUCCCAGUUCUUUUCAAGUCAGGAAGGACCCAGUGAUCCACUUACUGACUCAAUUAUUGUUAGCUACCAGUGGAAUCUCUUUAACUAUGCCGUCUCAGGCCCCAGAUGACUCCCCAACUUCCAUUUCAGAGUUUACUUUGAUGAAAGAGGUCUUAGAGUACUCUUUGUACUAUCAAAACGCUUACUUUUUCGAACAAUCUACUUUACACUCUAAGCAGCGGUUCAAUAACGCAAUGGACUGGGCCUCUACUUUAGUGCAAACAGCAAAGCCCUCUAAUAAUGCAGAGAUACAAUCCUUGCUCAGCUCUCUUGCACCCCAUAUUAAGCCAUCCACACACGACAUCAGCAGAGGAGAAUUGCUUUCAUAUAUCUACAUUAGCCUAUCACUGAGGCGUUGGCUCAACAUUCAGCAGUCUUCUAGUCCGUCCAGGCCUCUCUCAAACCUGCAACGCGUCAUUAUAGCAAAACUUAAACUUCCAAAUCCACUCCCUGCUGCGCACAACUUGGAUAGUGAUUCGCGACUCUUAUUCUUCAGUAAGCGAAUAGUGAGCCAGGCGUUGCUUAAUCUUUACUAUAACUCCUCCUCCACGGUAGUUGCACAACAAGAACAACCCUACGCUCGCUUGACAAAGUAUCUGCUCCCCAUGGGUAUCCCACCUGUUCGGUUGGUGCUUCUUGACGAACCACUGUGCGGCCCCGUUUUUGAUCCAUAUGAAAAAUAUUUCCUAAUGUCUGUGCACCAUCCUGAACUUCAGUUUCUUGUUGCUCCUCCUCGAUAUCUUGACCAACCCGCCUUCAUGCAGAGCCCUGGCAUCAGUGCACCUCAUCUCGGGCCAACAAGGAUUGCACCACGACUAGCUCUAAAAAUAGAACAGAAAUCUGGUUGCACUAACUUGGUUCUCGAUGAAGCAAUUGAUCCGGGAACAUGUAUCAUGGAUGUAGUUGGGUGCUACUUACCGAUUGAGGAAGCACACCGCAUCCUUUGCUAUCUUGUCGAAGAGGGGUUGCGCUCGGGUCACUCCUAUUCAGCUGUAUGGAACGAGGUUAUUCGCUAUUCUUCUCACUGUAUUUAUCUCGAAGGGCUUCGGGUAAUUAUUGACAUGAACUGCUGCUCGUCACUAUCUGUCUAUAUUCAAUUUGAUGAACCUGAUAAUAAGCAGGAGGCUGCAAACUGUGAGCUGGGCUUGUGCUAUUCUCUAGACUACGUUAUUUGUAGAUUGUACAGUACCGUUGCUAUCACGUCAGGAUCGUCUAUCCGUCUUCCACUUAAAUAUCAAUGGCUAAACAGAGAAGUACCUACAGAGAUAACUGGCUGCACUGCAGACGAUAUUCGCAGAGAGUUGAUAUCGAAGCAUAUAAAGGGUUGUGAAGACUUUAUAACCGACCCCUUGGAUAGCAUUCUCGCAAUACCUGCAUACGAUCCCUUCUCCGGAGGCUAUUCCUUACUAUCCUAUCCUGGGCCCUAUCUCUCACUCAUCAAGGAAAUUAUCGCUGUUAUGAUGUCUGUAUCAUACAGAGAGGCGUCGAAGUUCACGUCUGCAGACUACCUUUCUUUUCUAGAGGCCUACCGCAUUGGGCUUCGUAGUCCCGGACCAGGAUAUACUAAUACGUUACCUAAGAGUGCUCAAGCGCGGGUAACUCUUCAGCGAAACAUUGAGCUUGCUCAGCGGCUAGUACUCUCGAUCAUGAUGGAGACGAAGAACUUGAACUUGUUCCUUGCACUGGACCGGGAUAACUUAUUAGAUAAGCAGCUAAUUGAUACUGACACCCUAAUUCCGGUUAUAGCACAGAAGUUCAAAGAUUGCUACCUAUACAGUCACAGGUGCCGUCACGUGGCCAACGGUACUCCACCCGUUCCAGGAAGCUCAUCUGCUGUGUUUCUCAAGCAGGCGAUGGAUAAUAGAUCAAAUGCAGUCAAGCGUAUUGGGACCGAAUACAAUCACUUCCUCCUCCUAUACAGAAUUGCAUUUGCGGUACAGGCUAUGGAGGAUCUAUUCUCGCACCCCAUGAUCAACGAUGAGCUGUUCAUACAAGCAGAUACUCAAAUAUCCGCUCUCGGAUACACAGAGUUGGAGCAGGAAGUAUCCCAAGAGCAGUCGUCGGACCAGGACGAUGCCAAGCCAGCCCGUCUUGCCCUCACUGGAGCUCAGAAAAAAGAGCAAGCAGCAGAGCAAGUAACGAUCGAACCGUCAACUGAUGCCUCUGUAGCACCUGCUCGAAUCAAUCUUAAGCUUAAGGAAGCCCCUGAGCAGGAGUCCAAGUCAUCUUCUCCUAAUAUCACCUAUGAUAAGCACACUUCUGAAUGCCAAGCAUUUUAUAUCCAGGAGCCUUACGCGCCAUCUCCCAACCCGUACAUUGAUCUUAACACUAUACGCCUUGUGUCAACACUAGACUACCUUCUGGGUGAAUCUGUUCCUGAGAAAAACCUAGCUUCAAUGAUAACAGAAGAUGAGAUGCGGCGGGGCCUCUCUAAUGCCCUUGGAUAUGGGUACUAA